AUGUUGAAACGAAAAAAGGUGAAUGAAAAGUUUUUCAAUUUCAAAUAUUGCCAUGUUCUUCUUAAAGCUACUAAACACGUUGUUUUAAAGUUGCUACCUAGAAACAGUUCUACAAAUAAACAUAAUCUACAAAGAGAAAGGAGAAAGGAAUGGAGAACAUCAGCAAAUGGAAAAGGCAAGAAAUAG